CGCCAGGCCGUGGGGGGGAAGUUGUCGUUGCGCAUGCGCGACAUUUAUGUUGUUGUUUGUGGCGGUAAGAUGGCGGCGCUCGGAGACACCUCGGUUUCGGGGGUGAACGGGUUAAUACAACAAUUCACAGCAAUAACAGAUGUAGUCGAAGUUGGCUGUAACAAGUUAUGCUCUGACCAACCAAUCAGAGGAUGGGAAAAUGCUGACAUCAUCAAGGGCCAGCGCUCUGGGCAUGUGAGGACGAAUUUGAAAUUUGGUUAAUGAAAAAGACCCAAUACUAAUACAGUGGUUCCUCGACUUAGGAUUGAUCGGACUUACAAGGUCUUCGAGGGGCUACAGAGAGUGUCGGGAAGCAUAUGUUGGAAGCAUGCAACAACAACUUGGAAAUGGCAGUGACCAUGUUUCUGGACGGAGGAGUGGUCGCAGAGGAGCCCAGCACGAGUUCCGGUUCAGCAGCAUCCAGCAGCAGAAUUCUGCCCUCAGACGAAGUACGAGCUCCCAUUCCACAGAAGCAGGACAUUCUUGUGGAGCCAGAGCCACUUUUUGGAGUGCCAAAGCGAAGGAGACCGGCCCGAUCCAUAUUCGAUGGCUUUAGAGACUUCCAAACGGAAACAAUCCGCCAGGAACAGGAGCUGCGAAACGGUGGUACAGUGGACAAGAAAUUGAGCACCCUGGCAGACCUUUUCCGUCCCCCCAUUGAGCUGAUGCACAAAGGCAGCUUUGAGACGGCAAAAGACUGCGGGCAGCUGGAGAACAAGUGGUUGAUGAUCAACAUUCAGAAUGUCCAAGACUUUGCUUGCCAAUGCCUGAACAGAGAUGUGUGGAGUAACGACGCUGUGAAGACGAUCAUUAGAGAACACUUUAUAUUCUGGCAGGUAUAUCAUGACAGUGAAGAAGGACAACGAUACAUCCAGUUCUAUAAACUCAACAAGUUUCCAUAUAUUUCCAUCUUAGAUCCGCGUACUGGUCAAAAAAUGGUUGAGUGGAACCAGCUGGAUGUGGCAUCCUUCCUGGAGCAGGCCACCGGCUUCCUGGCAGAGCAUGGGCAGCUGGACGUUCCAUCCUGCCCAGCACCACCCGCCAAACGGACACGCUCUGAGAGUCUGAUCGAUGCCAGCGAAGACAGCCAGCUGGAGGCCGCCAUCCGAGCCUCUCUACAGGAAACCCACUAUGAAUCCUCUAAUGUCCCUGAUGCCCCUGACUCACCCAGGUCGGAGGAAGACUCGGACGCCGAGCCCUUCUCCGACAGCGAGGGACCUAUAUCGGUCGACGGUUCAGACAGCGAAAUGCCAGAACCCCAGAAAGAGAAAAGUUCCACCAGCAAACAGCCCCCCGCAACCCCCACGGCCGGGUCAGCCCAGCACCGUCCUCAUCCCGAUAGCACGACUUCCUGUCAACGGAAAUCUCCAUUUAAAGAAAACAACCACAGUCACAAAAAGGAGGAGAGCAAAAAGAACCACCUGGAGUCUUCGUUCGCUGGGCCUCAUCAGCCACACCCGGACGCGGGGUCCGGAAGUAACUCAUGUGCAGCAGUAGCUGACAGCGCGGGGUUGUCAAAGACCUGUGAGGACGACUGUCCUGAAGAUAACGGUCCCAAGGCCAGAUUAAUGCUUCGCUACCCAGACGGACAAAGAGAGCAAAUAUCCUUGUCAUCUCAAGCAAAGCUUAUGGUGCUGGUGAGACACGUGCAGUCCAAAGGUUACCCAAACGAGUGCUUCGAACUCGUGACCAACUUCCCACGACGGAAGCUCACCCACUUGGACUAUGACAUCACGCUGCAGGAGGCAGGGCUUUGUCCGCAAGAAACUGUAUUUGUGCAGGAAAGGAACUAGUCCAUGGUGGACUGUUAAACAACAAUCACGGAUAAUAAGAGGGACUGGGGCUGAGUUAGAGGAGGCUCUUGGUUGUCUAGGAGGCUCUCCUUUCCAUUCCCAUCACCCAACAGAUUCACAACUCCUUUGGCCAGUACCAGAUGCCAACAACUCUAUCAUUUCUUUAUAGGAUUCAGAUCUUUCUUCUGGAUUCCAGGCCCAUUGGAAUACAAUGACCAUACUAAAACGCCUAUUCUGAUCAAAUCCUGACUCAUAAGGUUUCAGCAGGGACUCUCAGAGAAGACUUCUGGGUUUGUUUUCACGUAGCACUCGUUAUUUCCCGUACCAGGAAACAAUAAAAAUGGAGGCUCACUCUUCUUCAUUCAUUCA